UGGAGGUGAUUAGGGGGACUCUGCCGCCGGACGAGCCCAGUGACGCCGCUCCGCUGCAGCCGCUCCCCACGCCCGGUGGACCCUUCCCUCUCCAGUCCACCCGCCCAGCUCCCAUCCACAGUGCUGCUGCUGCUGAGAGCCACAGCGCGUCCUGCCUCGUCCUUGCUCCGCGGACACGAGUUCAGCACGAAGCCGAGCGGGGAAGGUCUUUUUCAGGGAGCCGCUCCAGACCUGGAGGAUCACUCCCGGGAUCCCAACUUUGAGUGGAUUUAGGACAAAAAAAACAACAAGGGAGCAACUCUUUCAGAGAUACAGAGGGGGGGAAACCGGCAGCCAAAAUGGAGGUGAAGACAUCACUUCUAGACAACAUGAUUGGGGUGGGCGACAUGGUCCUCCUCGAGCCCCUGUCUGAAGACUCAUUCCUCGAAAACCUGAAGAACCGCUUUGACCACAAUGAGAUCUACACAUACAUUGGCAGUGUGGUGAUCUCCAUGAACCCCUACAGGUCCCUGCCCAUCUUCACACCUGACAAAGUGGAGGAGUAUCGCAACAGAAACUUCUAUGAACUCAGUCCACACAUCUAUGCUUUGGCAGAUGAGGCCUAUCGUUCACUGAGGGACCAGGACAAGGACCAGUGCAUCCUCAUCACAGGAGAGAGUGGGGCGGGGAAAACCGAGGCCAGUAAGCUGGUGAUGUCAUAUGUGGCAGCGGUGUGUGGGAAGGGCCAGGAGGUGAACAAGGUCAAGGAACAGCUGCUGCAGUCCAAUCCCGUGCUGGAGGCGUUUGGGAAUGCAAAAACUGUGAGGAAUGAUAACUCAUCCAGAUUUGGGAAGUACAUGGACAUUGAGUUUGACUUCAAGGGAGAUCCUCUGGGUGGAGUCAUCAGCAACUAUCUGCUGGAGAAGUCCCGUGUGGUGAAACAGCCAAGAGGAGAGAGGAACUUCCACAUCUUUUAUCAGCUCUUGUCUGGAGCCUCCGACGACUCACUCAAGAAGCUGAAGCUGCACCGGGACUUCAGCAAGUACAACUACCUGAGUCUGGACUCGGCUGCGGUCAACGGGCUGGACGAUUCGGCCAACUUCCGGACAGUCAGAAAUGCCAUGCAGAUCGUGGGCUUCAUGGAGGACGAGGUGCAGUCGGUGCUGGAGCUGGUGGCCGCCGUGCUGAAGCUCGGCAACAUAGAGUUCAAGCCAGAGUCGCGCUGUAACGGCACAGAUGAGAGUCGCAUCAAAGACAAAAACGAUUUGAAGGAGAUGUGUGAGCUGCUGGGGAUCGAACAGUCUGUGCUCGAGAGGGCGUUUAGCUACCGUACAGUAGAAGCUAAGAUGGAGAAAGUCUCAACCACCCUGAAUGUGGCCCAGGCCUACUACGCCAGAGAUGCCCUUGCCAAAAAUCUCUACAGCCGUCUGUUUAGUUGGCUAGUUACUAGGAUCAAUGAAAGCAUUAAAGCACAAGCUAAAACUCGACACAAGGUCAUGGGUGUGCUGGACAUCUAUGGCUUUGAGAUAUUUGAGGACAACAGCUUUGAGCAGUUCAUCAUCAACUACUGCAACGAGAAGCUGCAGCAGAUCUUCAUUGAGCUGACCCUGCGUGAGGAGCAGGAAGAGUACAUCAGAGAGGACAUCGAGUGGACCAAUAUUGAGUAUUUCAACAAUGCUAUUAUCUGCGACCUCAUUGAGAAUAACAAAAACGGCAUCUUGGCCAUGUUGGAUGAGGAGUGCCUGAGGCCUGGGACGGUCACAGACGAGACGUUCCUGGACAAGCUGAACACCAUCUGUGCUGAGCACCAACACUUUGAGAGUCGUCUCAGCAAGAAUUCAAUGUUUCUCUCGGACCACAGCCUGCCUCACAGUUGCUUCCGGAUCCAGCACUAUGCCGGCAAGGUGCUGUACCGUGUCGAGGGAUUUGUGGACAAGAACAAUGACUUGUUAUACCGAGACCUCUCACAGGCCAUGUACAAGGCUAACCACAGCCUCAUCAAACAGCUGUUUCCUGAGGGCAACCCUGCCAAAGUCAACCUGAAGAGACCACCGACUGCUGGGUUCCAGUUCAAAGCAUCAGUGGGCACGCUGAUGAGGAACCUGCAGACCAAAAACCCAAACUACAUACGAUGCAUCAAGCCCAACGACAAGAAAGCAUCCCACAUCUUCACCGACUCUCUGGUGCGCCAUCAGCUGCGCUACCUGGGCCUGAUGGAGAACGUCCGCGUCAGGAGAGCGGGCUACGCCUUCCGCCAGCCCUACGAGCCUUGCCUGGAGCGCUACAAAAUGCUCUGCAAACGCACCUGGCCCCAUUGGCGAGGACCCGCCAGGGAAGGAGUGGAGGUGCUGAUGAGCGAACUCCCGGUUCCUGCAGAAGAGUUCUCCUAUGGCCGCUCCAAGAUCUUCAUCAGGAACCCAAGAACGCUCUUCUUCUUGGAGGAGAGGAGGAGGCAAUGUCUGCAAGACCUGGCCACGCUCAUUCAGAAGAUCUACCGUGGCUGGAAGUGCCGCAGCCACUUCCUGCUGCUGAAAAAGAGUCAGAUAGUGGUGGCAGCGUGGUACCGCCGAUACGCGCAACAAAAAAAGUACCAGAGGAUCAAGAGCGCCACCACAGUGGUGCAGUCCUACACCCGAGGAUGGCAGGCCCGCAAACUCCUGAGAGAGCUGAAAUAUCAGAAGAGAUGUGAAGAGGCAGUGACCACCAUCUCAGCAUACUGGCACGGCACCCAGGCUCGGAUGGAGCUGAGGCGUCUAAAACAAGAAGUGCGGAAUAAACAUGCCGUGACAGUUAUUUGGGCAUACUGGCAGGGAACCAAGGCCCGGAGAGAGCUGCGUCAACUGAAGGAGGAGGCGAGGAAUAAACACGCUGUGUCGGUCAUUUGGGCCGGCUGGCAGGGCACCAAGGCUCGCAGGGAGCUGCGGAGACUGAAGGAAGAGGCCCGGCGUAAGCACGCCGUCGCUGUGAUUUGGGCCUACUGGCAGGGACUCAAGAUCCGCAGAGAAUACAGAAAAUUCUUCAGGGCGAAUGCAGGCAAGAAGAUCUAUGACUUCACCAUCCAGAGAAUUAUGCAAAAGUACUUCCUGGGUCUGAAGAGCAACUUGCCCUCCAUGUCACCCAUAGACAAGAAAUGGCCUGCAAGACCUUAUCUCUUCCUGGAUGGAGUCCACACAGAGCUCCGGAGAAUCUUCCAUCUUUGGAGGUGCAAGAAAUACAGGAGCCAGUUCACAGAGGAGAAGAAAGCUGUGUAUGAAGAGAAGCUGGAGGCAAGUGAGAUCUUCAAGGAUAAAAAGGCUCUCUACCCGAGCAGUGUGAGUCAGCCCUUCAAAGGAGACUACCUGGAGAUCAGCAAGAACCCCAAGUACCAGAAACUCAGCAGUGCGAUGGAGGAGAAGGUUCUGCUGGCGGAUGUGGUUAACAAGAUCAACAGAGCAAAUGGCAAGGGAACAGCUCGGAUCUUCCUGCUGACUAAGAACAGCGUGGUCCUGGCUGACCAGAAGACGGGCCAGGUGAAGGCCAGCGUCCCUCUGCCAGACCUCACUAGUGUGUCGGUCAGCACACAGAGUGACGGCUUCUUUGCUCUCAAACUCAAAGAGGGCUCAGCCUCAGCUGUCAAAGGCGAUUUCUUACUCAGCAGCGAGCACCUGAUCGAGAUCAUCACCAAAAUGCACCGCAUGGGCACCACGGCCGCGGACCGGGAGCAGCUGGACAUCGACAUCUCAGACGAGUUCCUGGUGCAGUUCAAGCACGACAAAGUGUGCGUGAAGUUCAUCCAGGGAGUCCCCAAGAACGGCAACAGCGUGUCCUGCAAGCGCAAGAACAACCGCCUGCUGGAGGUGUCGGUGCCCACAACGGCAUAGUGCAGCCCCCCACCCCAUCAUCCACCUCCUCUCUGCUUCCAGUGCUGCUCUCGAGGGCUCAGAUUGAGGGGGGGGGGAUAAAACGCAGAACCACCACCCACUCCAAAAGUCUGGUCCUGAGAACCAUCACCCCGUCGCCCACCCCGAGCCCCCAAAAAUAUGACAGUGCAGUUAUUUGGCUUGUUGUGUUGUUGCUUUUCCUUCAGUCUCUUCUUAUCAGAUUUACUAUGGCACCACUUUCGCUGUAAUCAUGUGCCACUUUUUUAGGCAAAGAAAGCCUGUAUCUGGGUUGCAUGCCACAGAAAUUUGGUAAAAAUGUUUCACCGGUGUGUUUUUGUAAAACUGGGGUCGAGAGUUGAAGAUGGAUGAGAAAAAAAAAAAAAAAGAUCUUGGUGGGGCUCAAGAGACUUCUGUGUACCAGUGGUGAUGUGGAUGAUUGUUCUGCCUGUAUGGUGAGUCAGUCUUCAGAGAAAAUGUCAUCAUAAGAUCUUUUCAUCCGUUCUUUAAGCGCGUGGCUUGAAAUUCGAGACGAGCCGGGAACUCGUGCGGCUCGGCCUGUUUUAGAGUUAGCUUCUCUGAUGAAAGUAAAAUACUGCACUUGUUUUCACCUCGGUGUAACCAAAAGAGGAUGAGCUGAAAGUGAAUUUGAUUGUAUUGAUGUAUUAUUUUCUAUAUAUAUUUUCUCUCUGACAAACAAAAUAGCACAGUGGGAAGUUGAGAAGUCAGAUGUAAUUUGCUCGAUUAUUGUAAAACCACUUUUUUGUAUCUAUAAUUCCUACGUGCCAUUGAACAGUUCCCAUGACUUGUCACGUGUCGGUGUGCAAAUACAAACCACAUAGGUGAUUGACCCCAUUAUUGAUAAAAUCAAGGCCAAAAACAAUUGAAUAUGGGGCUGAUCAAGCUAUGGUGGGUUUUUUGAUUGCACUGCACAUGUGAUCGAUCUCCAUUCCCUCUACAAGCACAGCACAGUUUGUGAUGAAGCUUCAUUUCACCUGCAGAGUGAUUUCAAACUGAUUUCAUAUCCUUUACACUUCGAAUGUCACGUAUGACUCAAAGAACAUCUGCUCACUUUAUGAGGGAUUUAAUUAAAGAUGCUGAAAAAGCACAGUACAGACAUCCAGUGGAAAAUGAAACCCUUGAUACUAUUUUUUGUGUGCAAUAAAUUAAACGCUUUUUCUCGAUUAUUCUCAAAGAAACCAUAGUGAGAACCCAUAGCAGUCGCCCUCACUGUACCAUAGCUGUACAUAGGCUCUUAUGGUCGUAGCCCUGGCAUGGACAAAGGGUUUCUUUAGUAUCCUUAUAUUAAUUGCUGUGUUUGUGAAACGGCUGUUUUUUGUUGUUUUAUUCUCGCCACUGCAGCUUGACUUGUUGUCGUGCUUGAUCCACCCUGAUGUGUCUUUUCAAGACCAAAAACGACGUGCACGUGACCAUUGAUUCUUGCUGUAUCGUUUAAAAAAAAAAUCAACCGGUUUAAACUUCUACAACCUUCUCGUACGCUCACAUUGCAAGAAACACAAACUGGUACGCAUAUAUUUACACACAAGCCAAAUAUGAGUAUCAAAGAGGCAGGAGUGCUAUAUUUUCAGGUAUGUUGAUUAUAAUCAUCUGUAUUUUGGAUGUACUGGUUGUGAGUUUUGUAUUGUUGGUUUCUAAGUCAACCAGCCAAACUUGGUCUAGUAAUUAGAUUUGUAAUCCAGAGUAUCUUGGGUUGUAUGUUCUUUGUAUGUUUUUAAUGACACACACACACACACACGACACAGGGACUUGAGAAAUCACUCGUUGUGGUCCCUCGCGUGGGAACGUUUGAGCCAGUUUUGACGUGUCCGUUCUUCGGCUCCGCACUGUUUCCACGCAGCUUCGCUAAGGCGACGUCUCCCCUUUCUCCCUCUCGCUCUCGUCUUUGUCUCGUAUUUGAACAAUGGCUAGAGCUGCAAAAUGGCGUCUGCAUUCUUGUGUGCCUAAUGUUAACCUGUGCUGAGACAUACAACAUGGGACUGUUUCAGUAGAAGUCAAUGUAACAUUUGCAAGUUAUCUUUUUUUAAAUUAAAUCAAAAUCAGUAAUAAAUAAAUAAAUGUUGUUCUGUGA